GGAGUACUGUUUAUUAAUUAAUACUGGAAUGCAAUUUGGUAAAACUGCACCAAACAGCACAUGCUGGGCAAAUCUGACAAAAUGACACUUCCUCUUUUGAGGGGUGAAGAGAAAACGGUAGCAAUUUCGCGCGCAUAGUUCAGCAUUUGAUAUCAACAGUGUUGGAAGCCACACAGACUGAAUUCUGAACUCUUUGUACCUGAAAGUCAUAAAGAAAGAGCUCUAAUAAAUGAAUCUACAGUAUCAUGAUGUCCACCCAAAAUGCCUCAUUUGCUGGGGUUCACAACUCCAAUUGUUCAGACCAAACUGCAGAUCAAAGGUGGGAAGAGAGCAUGAAUAAACUCUACACCUAUGUCUACCUGUUCAUCUUCAUCCCAGGCAUACUAGAGAACAGCAUCGCGCUCUGGAUGCUAUGUCGCUUUAUAAGUAAGAAGACUAAAGCCAUCAUCUUCAUGAUCAACCUAGCCAUCGCUGACCUGGCCCAUGUCCUGUCCUUGCCAUUGCGUGUCUACUACUACAUCACUCUCACCUGGCCAUUUGGAAAGGGGCUGUGCUUGCUCUGCUUCUACCUGAAAUAUCUUAACAUGUAUGCUAGCAUUGCCUUCUUGGUCUGCAUUAGUAUCCAACGCUGUGCUUUCCUGAUGCGCCCAUUUUGUGCUAGGCAGUGGAAGCGGCGCUAUGAUGUUCGCAUUAGCAUAGUUGUGUGGUUGAUUGUUGGUUGUUGCUGCUCUCCCUUCAUCGUGAUGAGAAACAUCUCUCAAAUCCCACAUCACAAAACCUCCACCCCAGAGAACACAAUAAAGCACAAUGAAACCUGCUUCAAGGACUUGCCCAUGAGGAAACUGAGCUUGAAAAUAGCAGUGGCCAUAAUGUCCUCUGGUGAGCUCCUGGGUUUUGUGGCCCCACUGACUAUCAUUAUCUUAUGUUCUUAUUUCAUCAUGCAUUCUUUAAAGCAGAGCUUGGGGCAUAGUGUCUCAGUAAAUGAGAAGAGAAGGGCCUUGCGCAUGGUCUUAGUGUGCACUGGCGUAUUCCUCUUCUGUUUUGCCCCCUACCACAUCAACUUCUUUCUGUAUAUGAUGGUUUCACAAGACAUCAUUACCCAGUGUUCUUUACGACAGGCAGUUAAACAGUUCCAUCCAAUCUCACUGUGCAUUGCCAGCCUCAACUGCUGCCUGAAUCCACUUAUAUACUAUUUCCUAACCACAGAGUUCCGGCAGCAGCUCAGUCGACAGGGCAGCUCUAUAUUAAGAGGGCGGCUGAUGAGUAUGGAGAGCACCUCAUCAUAUAGAGAAGCACCUUCCUGAUGGCCACAGAAAUACUUCCUCUCACAGAAAAGCACUUCUGUGAUGAACAUUGAGAACAUUUCUUCCUACAUAAAAACAUUUCCCUUAUGACCAUGGAGAGCACCUCUUUAUAAAGAGAAGAACUUUGCUCCCUAUAUGAAAUAAGCUCCCUUAUACAUUUUAAUGAUAUCUUCAGAUAUGCAUUAGUAUCUUGAACUGUGACUUCUUAAAGCUGUAUUUCUGCUCAAAAUUGUGAAAGCUGCAUCAUGACAUUGGAGAUGAAGAAUGUUGCCUCAAGUUUAAUUUUUUUAAUGGCUGCUACUACACAAUACAUUUUAAGUUCAGCUCAACAAAUAUCACCUUAUUGCAACCUAACUGUGAUGCUGAGUACAGAAAAUAUGGCAGAAAUAUAUAAGAUGAAAACAAAAGAAAUUGACAGAACAACUGUUUUUUGCAACAAGCAGUAAAACCCAUCAAACAGCAAAAAACUUUCUGGAUAUCAGAAGAAAUAUUGUGAACAGAUUAAACUGAUAUUGACUAGCUUAGCUGCUGAAUCACAGGCACCCAAAUCUGCUUUAAAAGAUCAAAAAGGCUUGUGAAAGAAACGCAUGAUAACUACUUUGUCAUAUUUGUCACUAUUAGACCGUGAUAGUUGAAGAUACAGGAAACCACUGGACCAAAGCCAGACUUGGUCAGAAACGUACUACGUUCUACAUCUAAAUGCAUUAAAGAAAAUGUCCGUAUUCAAAUGCAUGCCUUUUGUUACCAACCCUGAUAAAAUGUGCUCACAAGUAAUGUAAAUAAGGACUUAUAGAAAGUGUACAUGUUUAAGAUAAUACGAAGCUGAAUACAGCAGUAUCUUGUGUCAUAAAAUCACUGAUCCUAGUGUAAUAGAUACAUUCAUCCUAGAGGCAUUUUGAUGUUGUAUUGUUGUGUUCUUAUGGUGUAUUCAAAUAAAACUUUGUAUUUCAAAUAUGUUUCUUUAUCCAAAGUUAUGUACUGAAACUGAAAUGCUUGUAAGCAUCAGUGUUAUGAGAAGCUGUAAAUAAAAUCAAGUAGUGCAUGGUUAA